CUGCUGCUGCUGCUCCUGCCGCUGCCGUUCCCGCUGCCCGGCGGCGGCGGCGGCGGCGUCGGCGUCGGCGGCGCCUCUGCGCAGCGAGCGGGGAGGGACUGCCCGCGGGCAUGCACCUGCUACCACCGCGAGGAGGUGCACUGCACCUUCCGCUACCUGAGCGCCGUGCCCGCCGGGCUGCCGCGAGACGCACUGCGAAUCAACAUGGGGUACAACAGCCUGACGGCCCUGGACGAGGGAUCGUUCGCCGGCCUGGCGAAGCUGGAAAUCCUCAUGCUGCACGGCAACGAGAUGCGCCUCCUGCCAGACAACGUGUUCGGCCAGCUGCGGGCACUGCAGGUGCUGAAGCUCAGCUACAACAAGCUGCGCUCGCUGCGGAGGCCGGCGCUGCGGGGCCUGCGCUCGCUCGAGCGGCUGCACCUCGACCGCAACCUCCUGGAGCGCCUCGACCCGGACGCCUUCGCGGGGCUCACGUCGCUGCGGCUCCUCCAGCUGGAGGGCAACCGGCUGCGCUCGCUGCACGCCGACGCGUUCGCCACGGCGUUCGUGGCGCGGGGCGCCGUCGUCUCGACGCUGGCGCACCUCUCGCUCGCCGACAACCGCCUGCGCUCGCUGCCGCCCUCCCUGCUGGCCUCCAUGCCGGCCCUGGAGAGCCUCUCGCUGCAGGGAAACCCCUGGGCGUGCGACUGCGCGCUGAGGCCCUUGCGCGAGUGGGCCGCCGAGAGAGCGGCCGGUGAGCGUCGCGCGGUCGGGCCGAGUCGCCGUUGGGAUUUAUUUUUGGGGGUUCUUUUCGAGACGUCGCGCCGGAGGCUUUUUCGCAUGGGGGCUCUCUCGAGCCCUUCGGCCAGCAGUGGCGCAAGCGAGCAGCUCAGCGGCGCCUUCACCCGUUACCUCUCCGUGUGCGUCUCCCCUCGCGCCGCAGACGUUCUCAAGUGCGCGGUGGUGGACGCAGGGAGGCGAGACGGAGACUCGCGGUGUCCACGCUGCGCGAGCCCCGCACGCUACAGGGGGCGCCACCUGCUCUCCGUCCCCGCGCGGCGGCUCGCCUGCGCCGCGCCGUCCGUCGCCGCUCCCGGGACGUCGAGGAAACCCGACGGCGACGGCGCCGGCGAGCUCCCCCUGCGGCACCUCCUGCGGGCGCGCGCCUCGUGGGCCGCGCUCGGCCUCAACCUGACGGCCGCGCCGGGGCGGGCUGCGACGCUGCGGUGCCGCGUGGGCGAACCGCGCGCCGCAGCGCCGGUCGCCGUGCGGCGGCUGGAUGACGGGACGGUGCUCGUGGACGGCGCAUUCGAGACGCGCCUGGCGUGCGACGUGAGCCUCGGAGACGGCCGGCGGCAGCUGGAGGAGGCGGCGGCGAGGGCGGGCGGCGAUUCGGUGGGGGGAGGUGGCCCCCGGCGGCGCGAGCUCCGCUUGACGAGGCUGCCCGAGGUUCACGGCGAGGCGAGCGCGAGCCUCUACGCCGUCGUGACGGAGCGGGGGGAGCCACCGAGCGACGGCGCGGCACUCGUGGCGAGCAUUUCCACGGAGGCCGACUGGCUCCUGCAGCCGACGAUCGGCGUCUCGCUGAGCGGCGGCGUCGGCCCCCCCGGCGCCGAAGAUGGCCUGUACCUGACGCUCACCACGGUGAUGUCGGGGUACCGGGGAGCCGGGGACCAUGGCACGUCCGAGUGGGUGCUCGUCCGUGGCGGCGGCGGCGACGGGGACAUUGACGCACGGCUCAACCAGGCGGUGGUGGAGGGGGCGCCCGUCCAGAUGCUGUGCGGCAUCGAUGCCGCCCCGGGGGCGCCGGCCGCGCUCCACUGGACCCUCGCCGAUGGCACGCGGGUCAGGGAGCCCUACGAGAGCGCCGACAACCGUGUGACAGCGGCCCGCGGAGGGCAGCUGCUGAUCAAGUCGGCGCAGGUGGCAGACUCGGGUGCGUACGCGUGCGUUGCUUCGACGAGAGACGACGCGGAUGCGAUGGAGUUCAGGCUCGAGGUGCUGCCAGCAAUCGCAAAGGCGGCGGUGGACGAGGAUUUGUCGGUGCUGGUUGGCGGAGACCUGGGGGUCCCCUGCAGGGCGCUCGGCUCGCCGGACCCAUCAGUGGUCUGGGUCUUCCCCGACGGCUCGGUCUCCGAGGACCUGCCUUCGCACGGGGUACGUUCGGCCAUCGUAAAUGGCACGCUGAACAUAAAGGGCAUCGGCGCUGGGGACGGCGGCCUCUACAGGUGUGUGGCCAUGAAUCGGCUCGGAGCCAAGGUCCUGUCCAUAAACGUCACCAUCGCGUCGCCAGACGCCAACGGUGGCGAUGCGAGUGGGGGGUGGAGGCCGAGCUCCCAGCCGUACAAUGAGAAUUCGUAUUUCCCCUCGGGAAACGACGGACUGCCCCAAGUGGACCUUUACAAUGCCACGCGAAAUGAUUCCUCCUUGACGCUUCCUCCAAGCGCGAAGCAGCACGGGAACAGCAUGGCGGGCGAGGCCAAAGUGAUGGAGAAGGAUGAGAAGCAGGAGGAAGAUGAGGAGGAGGAGGAGGAGGAGGAGGAGGAGGAGGAGGAGGAGGAGGAGGAGGACGACGACGACGACGACGACGACGACGACGAAGAGGAUGAGGAGAGCGGGCGUGCUCUGAAGAGUAGGCCACGCGGGAGAGGGCCCGCCGGACCCGCGGGGCCACGCCGGAUCGACAACGUGUCGGUGAAGGAGCGCGACCCUCAGCGGUGGGCCCAAGUGCUGGAGGAGGUGAGGCGGCGGCACAGAGAGUGGAGGCGCCGGGGGGGCCACAACGACAGCCUCGCCAUCGCGGCGGCCACGACUCCGGCCGGACGCGACCUCGCCCCUUCGCCUGGGGCAUCGGCUGCUGGCGAGACCGAGACGAGCGCUGAAGGGAGUGUCGCGAGCCGCGGGGUCACCGCGGGGUAUUCUGGUGGGCGUGAUCUGGAGUGGGCGAGCACAUUUUCCGGCGGGUUGGUGGAGCUCUCCGACGACCACUCCGCCGUCGUGGAAACGGUCUCCUAUGACGAGCGCGUGACGCCAGCGUACGAGGCCGCGUACACCGAGGCGUACACGCUCGGCGCCCGGGCGGCCGUUCACACGAGCACGGCAGAUGCCGACUACGGAGUUUCGGAAACGAUUCUGAGCCCUUUCCCCACCACGUCGGCGACAACCGAGAAAUCGGACGUCGCCUUGACUCAACGGACUUCGGCGGUGGGGGACCACGCGGGGGCGCUUCCCGCGAACGUGGACCCAGAGCACUCCGCCUGGGGUCCCGACAACUCCUUCACGAGGCUGCCAUCACGCCCGCGGGUGCAGGAGCACACAACAGAAGCGCAGCGUUCGUGGCACCGGAUAUCCAGCACGACGACCGUGCCCAGCGCUCUCCUCCCCGCGAGUCCUCCGCGAAGCCCGUUCAGCGGGGAGCCGUACGGACGCUGGCACGAGAAGCUGCAGUGGGCCUCAGCCGUGGGCACUCCGGCCGCAGGCCUCUUGCCUUUCCUCCAGCCCGAGGCGCUCCUUCCGGUCACGUGGGGGAAAUUCCACACCACGGACGGGGACCCGACGGUGCGAGCGGCCGUCUCCGCCACCACCGACCCGGAGCUGGAGUCGCAGGUUCAAACGCCGACGGGGCCCGCGCAGGGGUCGUCGUCAACGUCGUCCUCGGAGGACUCCGAGCGACCCCGCGGCAUGAUGAGGCAUCCCUCGGGCAUGACGGACCAGAGGGAAGGGGCCACGUCCACAUUGAGAGCAGCGCGGGCACAAUCGCGCUCGGCUACGGGAUCCGACCCGGCGGCCGGUUCGCCUCCGUCUCUUUGGCAGAACACGUUCAUCGGACCGCCGGUGACGGAGGGAUAUGAAGCGCCGCUUCCCUGGGAUGGGUUGCAACGUCCCGCCGUGUCCGACACGAGGUUGGUCCCAAAGGGCGCCCACUCGACCGAGACACGGCCGCUGCCCACGGCUCCGACCACACGCAACGUCAAGAGAGCGUUUACCAACAGGGCGGCGGCGAUGACGGCCCCAACGACGGUGCUGCAAACAGAUCACGCUCACGACCGACAGGGGGAAGCUUCGGCGGAAUCUGCCGAGGGGCCUCCACCAAAAGACCGGCACAACCACGGCGACGAGAAGACCACGUGGAGGGAAGAGAGCGGCUCGGAUUCGUCCAACGCCGUGCGGCCACACGGCAACGCCGACGAGGAUAGCCUGCGUGGUGCGCCGGUGAUCGUGGACAAGGCGAGCACGAUGAUCGCAAUCGUGGCCGACUCGGACGUCGCAAUACAUUGCCCUGCGAUUGGCAAUCCUCUACCAACCAUCAGCUGGACGAAAGUGGCCACAGGCGCCACCAUCAGGGCUGGCUCCAGACUGGGAAGCCGGUUCGAGGUGCUGCCCAACGGCACUUUCCUCGUCCGCAGUGGCCACCUGCAGGACCGCGGGCAGUACCUGUGCACGGCCGCCAAUGACCAGGGCUCCGACCACUACACCGUGACUCUCACGGUCCUCGCCUACCGGCCGCGGGUGCGCCAGCCGCGCUUCCAGAACCUCACGGCACACCAGGGCGAGCCGGUGGAGCUGCGCUGCCCAGCCGAGGGGCGGCCCAGGCCGCAGGUGUCGUGGCUGCUGCCCGACCGCUCGUUCCUGCGUACGGCCAGCCUGGGUGAGGGCCGCGUGACGCUGGCGCCCGACGGGACUCUGCACAUCCGGCGGGUGGCGGCGUCCGACCGCGGCAGCUACAAGUGCAUCGCGAGCAACCCCGCCGGGACGGACACAGUCGGCUUUCGGCUCGACGUGAUCUCCGUGCCACCCGAGAUCGCGCAGCGAAAGACGGAGGAUCUCCCUGGCAUCGCGGGUCAGAGCCUCGUGAUCCACUGCAGCGCCGGCGGCUUUCCAACACCGAGCGUCCGCUGGUUGCUGUCCGACGGGUCGGUUGUUAGGCCGUCGCAGUUUCUCAAGGGCAAGCUGUUCGUCUUCCCCAACGGCACACUCCACAUCGCCCGGCUGGCGACGGCCGACAGCGGCAGCUAUGAGUGUGUUGCGACCAACGCCAUGGGCGUGGACAGGAGGGUGGUCAGCCUCAGCGUGAGCAGCCCGCUCUCGCCGGCCAAGAUCGCCCGCAACAAGCAGCGGGCCACGGUGGACGUGCGGUACGGCGAGGUCGCGCUCCUGAACUGCGUGUCCUCCGGCGACCCCCAGCCGAAAGUCAUUUGGAGGCUGCCCUCCAAGAUCGUGAUCGAUACGCUGUACAGCCCCGACAACCGAGUCUCGGUGCACGAGAACGGCUCGCUGAGCGUGGGCACGGUGAUCGAGGGCGACGCGGGCGACUACCUGUGCGUGGCGCGCAACAGCCUUGGCUACGACAUGCAGGGGGUCACAAUGAACGUGACCCUGGAGGCGGCGAGGAUUGACAAGCGCGCGGCGGGCGCGAGCGGGACGGACGUUGUCGUCAGCGCCGGCGGCACGGCGUGGCUCGACUGCGUCGCCUCGGGCCUUCCGCGGCCCGGCGUCUCGUGGAGCCUGCCCGACGGUACGACGGCGAGCAGCCCCGUGCCGGCGGGCGGCGACGACGGUGGCAAUGGCGAGCGGAAGGACGGCGGGCGGCGCGCUGUCCUCGGGAACGGCACGCUGCUCGUGCGGAACGCGGCACGGGAGGACGAGGGCGACUACACGUGCGUGGCGCGCAACGCGGCCGGAGGCGACGAGGCGACGGUGCGCCUGAGCGUGCCGCCGAGGGCGAGGCCGCCCAAGAUCGAGGGCCACGCCAAGAAGGCCGCCGCCGCGCCCCUGCAGGUCCGGGGCGGCGAUGCAGCCCGGCUCGGCUGCGACGCUGCCGGCGAGCCGAAGCCGAGCGUCGCGUGGGUGCUGCCAUCCAAGCGGGCGCCGCUCACGUCCGCGGACGGGCCGCGCGUCCAGAGGGACGGCUCGCUGAUCAUCGAGCGCGUCGGGAAGGCCGACGCCGGGGUCUACACCUGCAUCGCCCGCAACGCGCUCGGGGAAGACUCGAAGGCAAUCAGCCUCGAGGUGGUGCUCGUCAAGCCCGUCAUAAACGGGAACCAGGACAGGCACGCGGUCGCCAGCGACUCGGCCGUCAAGUUCUCGCGCAAGCGGAUCAACUGCAGGGCGGACGGCGUGCCCCAGCCGCGGGUGGCAUGGGUCAUGCCCGGCAACGUCGUCCUGACGACGCCCUACGAGGGCAGCCGGAUAUCCGUGCUCGAGAACGGUACUCUGGAAAUCAAAAACGUGCGGCGCUCGGACACCGGGGAGUUCCUGUGCGUCGCUCGCAGCGAAGCCGGAGAGGCGACGCUGCGCGUGAAGCUGGCCGUGACAGACACGUUGGAAAAGCCGGUUUUAAAGAACCCAAAAAACGAGAAAAUCAUCACCAAAGAAGGCAGGGCGAUCACGCUGAAUUGCUCGGCAACCGGUGUGCCGACGCCAGAAACGACUUGGCUGUUCCCGAAUGGAACCCUCAUCGCCAAGUGGCAAAAGGUGGAAAACUUCCGGCACGGCAAGGACGGCGCCCUGGUGAUCCUCCGUCCCGCCCAGCGGGACGCCGGCACCUACCGAUGCACGGCCAAGAAUGCCGCGGGCUUCGUGGAGAAAGCCGUGACGCUGGAGGUCGGACAGAAGCCCAUGAUCGCGCUCCGCCACAGGGGCCUGGUGCGCAGCACCAGCGGUGAGCCGCUCUUCCUGCACUGCGUCGUCAGCGGGAACCCGAAGCCCACAGUCCGCUGGGUGCUGCCCAACGGCGCGAGCGUCGACGGCACGUCCCGCGCCUCCGCCUCCGCCGCCGCCGGCGGCCGCGCGGCGCUGCUGGCCAAUGGCACGCUGGCGCUGAGCGCGGCGACCCCGCGCGACCGCGGCACGUACGUGUGCCACGCGGAGAACGCGGCCGGGCACGCGUCGGCGGCCGUGCCCGUCGUCGUGGUGGCGUACCCGCCGCGAAUCACGCGGGGCCCGCCCAGGACCGUGCUGGCGCGGCGCGGCGCCAGCCUGCGGCUGCGAUGCGCCACCAUCGGCGUGCCCAAGGCCGACGUGGCGUGGGAGCUGCCGAGCGGCGCCAGGCUGUCGACGGCGAGCGCGGGAGCGCACGCGGGCGGCGGCGCCUACUUGCACCCCGCAGGGACGCUGUACGUUCAGACGUCCGGGUACGAGCACUCGGGCUUCUACAAGUGCGUCGCCAGCAACACGCUGGGGAGCGACGUGGUGUCCACCUACGUGCGGUUUUAUUGAUGGGUCAGUUUUGUUUGUUAGUUUUUUUUUGCGAGUGGGGGGGGUGGGGGAGGGGAAUUGUCGAGCAAUUGGCCUAAAGUGGCUUUUGCUUUCAAGGUUGACACGUGCGGCCACCGCAGAAGCGCUUUGAAAGUGUUUUGCGACAUCCCCCAUCGCAGUAGCCAUUGCGCAUUGGUCUCUGUUGAACUGCACCAGCUGAGCAUCGUACGGCAGAUGCUGUGCCUGUAUCCCGCACCGACGGACUGUUCAGAAUUGCCCAGGGAACGACUUGUGGGCGGCAAUCUCAAAAUCGAGGAGCAGACAGUAAAGCCACUGGCUGCGUCGAUCAUUCGCCUACAGAUGUUCGGAUAUUCGCCGGGUGUGUGCGUGUGAACCUAUGGAUGUCUCGGUGAGUCUAUGGGUAUCUAUGUCAGUACAGUUUGUACGUUGAACUUCUUUCGCACCGUACCACCGACAAGUCAAUAGUGUUAAUCGGAGGUGCAGCGGAAGGACGACAACCUAAACGCAAAAAGUAGUUCUUCAGAAAUUAGUUUUCAAUCUGGAUUGAAAAGCGCACAUAGCUCCAGUGGCUUCCUCACAUCGGAGGCAAGAGCCUUCCAGACGGCCACAGAGGCGCAUCUGAAGGCGCGCGAUGCGGUGACCACCGUCUUUGUUCGAUGGCUGAGCUAAAAUCCGCCGCUGCUGCGAGGAUGAGCGGAGUUCGCGCGAUGAUGGUUCAUGCUCCUUGACGCCGGGUCUCCAUCGGAAUAUAUCGUUCGCCGACAUCCGUGUGUCAAAUCGUCACCACGUGGCUUCUCCUGAACGACGUCCACUGGCUCACUCGGCAACCUCGACAUGAGCACACGAACAUUGGAUGAUCAACUGCCCGCAAACGAAAGUCUACGAAGAUUAAAAUAUGCAAACCAGAAUGUGGCAAAGACUGAAAAGUAGCAUUAUAAAUCAAUAGAUAUGGAAAAGUUAUCUUUAUUUUAUCGCUAAUUAUAACCAAAUUAGAUUUUUAUACGUACUAUUUUGAAAGCAUUUAGUGUUUUGGUUUAUUUUACAACUACCUCUGCUGACAAUGUUACCACAACUCUAUGCAAAAUGAAUGGCGACCCAUUUAUAGAUAUCCCGCGAAAUACACGCACACUUCAUUCAAUAUUUCAACGCUCUCCUCCGUAAGAUAUGGAUCCGUCGCUUUCACAGCAUUCAAACCGCUGUUGAAAAGAAUUGAGAUGCCCAUUUUCAAUCAGUGGGGAAUCUACAUAUAGAUCACCCUGUGCUAAAGCGCCUCCUUAGAAACACGUGGAUUACAGUGCACUGUGAUCUCAAUUAUGACAUUUUUUUGUAAUCUUCAUCAUCAGCAUUGACUUCAUUAACCUCUCCUCUUCACCCGUCACAGAUCGUACCACCUGGUUCACCCCCUGAUACCCCUUUCCCACUCGCACAUCCGGUCCGUGCCAGCACGUGGCCGGCACACGGCACACACGUGUGCCCCACGGUGGCUAGGAGACGUUAACUCCCUCGUCUUGUGUGCAGGAGGU